CCCGCCCCCUGGGGACGGCAGCCCUCUCUGUCCCUGGUCAGCAGGAGCCUUCUGGGGGCUGCAGCUUGAGGAGGCAGGGCCGGAGAGUCGCCAGAGUAGCUGUGCUCUGCGCCAUUCAGCCACACGCAGGCUCCUCCUUAACUGCAUCCGCCAGGCUUCCUGCUGCGCCCUCACUGAGCACCACUGGCUCCCGGGUCUGUCCCUUGGCAGACAGGACUCUUCCCAAGGACCGCCCUGUCCCGCUGCCCACAGCCUCGGAGCAGCUAGCCCGCAGCACUGCGCCUGAAGGGAAUGGAAGGCCUUCAGAAGAGCAGCUACGGGACUAUGGCUGAAGGCUGGGCAGGAGAUGACAGGAUCACAGCUUCGUCCUCACUGAGGCUCGUGCUGGUGGGCAAGACGGGCUGUGGGAAAAGCGCCACCGGGAACAGCAUCCUCCGCCGGCAGGUGUUCGAGUCCCGGCUGGGGGCCCAGGCCGUGACCAGGAGGUGCCAGAGGGAGGCGGGCACCUGGAACGGGAGGAGCCUCCUGGUGGUCGACACGCCCCCCAUCUUUGAGGCAGAGGCUCGGACAAGGGAGAUAGCCCAGGACGUCGGGGACUGCUACCUGCUGUCCGCCCCCGGGCCCCACGCGCUGCUGCUGGUGACCCAGCUGGGCCGCUUCACGGAGCAGGACACGCAGGCCGCGAGGAAGGUGAAGGAGGUCUUCGGGGCAGAAGCCAUGAGACACGCGAUCGUCCUGUUCACCCACAAGGAGGACCUGGGGGACGGGUCCCUGCACGAUUACGUGGCCGAUACAGACAACCAGAGCCUGCGGGCGCUGGUCCGGGAGUGCGGGAGGCGCUACUGUGGCUUCAACAACCGGGCCACGGGGGAGGAGCAGAGGGUGCAGCUGGGGGAGCUGAUGGCCCUGGUGGAGCAGCUGGAGAGGGAGCUGCAGGGCGCCCACCUCAGAAACAGCCUCUUCUCGGAGGCUGAGCUGCUGCUGCUGCGGGGCAGGGGCGGGGCCUGCGGGCAGGAGCUCAGGGCCUUCCUGGCCAAGGUGCAGGCACAGGUGGAAAAGCAGAAGGAAGAGCUGAGAGAGACCCAGAGCUCAGGGGUGAUGAGGGGGUUCCUCAGAGUCUGGAGCUGGGUGAUGUCUCACCCCGGAACUUCUGCCUUCCUUGGCGUGUGCGUGUUGGUUUCUGUUGCCCUUUUAAUUUACUUUGGGGCUGGUGGCCACUGAGCACAGGGGACACGCUCUGCGCGCCUUCCCUUCAGAGCCGCCCGCUGCCCGUCGGGGCUUCCCUUCCCUUCGUGAGGGCACUUUCAGCCCCUCCCCCGGCAGGAUCGCAGCCCUUUUCAGUAAAUAAAGCCUAGAGGAAAAGCUGGCGUCUCUGGUUGUUGUUAAAAAGUCUGAGGGUGAACCCCAGGGACCUGGCCACAGCCCUGGAGCCUGG